AUUUACACAUGUUUAUUAGCUUUGGAAAGCGAAUUCGUUUCCAAAUUGAGAAAAUAAGACAUGUGCGACAUUUUUUCAACAUCAUGACACUUAUUUGGAGUCUGUGGCUCAAGUGACCCCGCCUCUUUAACAAAAACCUACUCCCGAACAACUGAUAUAAAGUGUAUUUACGGUCUGACUGCGGAGAACAGGCUAAAAAUAUAUCGUGGAACAAAAUGCCUGCAGUCUCUAAAGGAGAUGGAAUGCGUGGCCUCGCUGUGUUUAUAUCGGACAUUAGGAACUGUAAAAGUAAAGAAGCAGAGAUCAAGAGAAUUAACAAAGAGUUGGCCAACAUCCGCUCAAAAUUUAAAGGAGAUAAGGCACUAGAUGGCUACAGUAAGAAGAAAUAUGUGUGCAAGCUGCUUUUCAUAUUCCUUCUUGGCCAUGACAUCGACUUUGGCCACAUGGAGGCAGUCAACCUGCUCAGCUCCAACAAGUACACAGAGAAACAAAUUGGUUACCUGUUCAUCUCAGUGCUUGUCAACUCAAACAGUGACCUCAUCAGUCUUAUCAACAAUGCCAUAAAGAAUGACCUGUCCAGCAGGAAUCCCACUUUCAUGAACCUGGCCUUGCACUGCAUUGCCAAUGUGGGCAGCAGGGAGAUGGCGGAGGCUUUUGCAGCUGAGGUGCCCCGCAUCCUGGUGGCUGGGGACACCAUGGACAGUGUGAAGCAGAGUGCUGCCCUGUGCCUGCUGCGUCUCAACAGGACCUCUCCAGACCUGGUACCCAUGGGCGAGUGGACCACCCGGGUGGUUCAUCUGCUCAAUGACCAGCACCUGGGUGUGGUGACUGCUGCCACCAGCCUGAUUACCACACUGGCACAGAAGAGCCCAGAGGACUUCAAGACCUCUGUCUCCUUGGCUGUAGCCAGACUCAGCAGGAUCGUCUCCUCGGCCUCCACUGACCUACAGGACUACACCUACUAUUUUGUUGCAGCUCCCUGGCUUUCUGUCAAGCUCCUGCGUCUCCUACAGUGCUAUCCUCCGCCUGAGGAUGGUGCGAUCCGGGGCCGUCUGACGGAAUGUCUGGAAACCAUCCUGAACAAGGCCCAGGAGCCUCCCAAGUCGAAGAAGGUGCAGCACUCCAACGCUAAGAACGCUGUGCUGUUUGAGGCCAUCAGUCUAAUCAUCCACCAUGACAGCGAGCCCACUCUGCUGGUGCGGGCCUGUAACCAGCUGGGCCAGUUCCUCCAGCACCGGGAGACUAACCUGCGCUACCUGGCCCUGGAGAGCAUGUGCACCCUAGCCAGCUCCGAGUUCUCCCAUGAGGCUGUUAAGACGCACAUCGAGACGGUCAUAAAUGCCCUCAAAUCGGAGAGAGAUGUCAGUGUGCGUCAGCGUGCUGUGGACCUGCUCUAUGCCAUGUGUGACCGCAGCAACGCCAAACAGAUUGUAGCAGAGAUGCUCAGCUACCUGGAGACAGCAGACUACUCCAUCAGAGAGGAGAUAGUGCUAAAGGUGGCCAUCCUGGCAGAGAAGUAUGCAGUUGACUACACCUGGUAUGUUGACACCAUCCUCAACCUGAUCCGCUUCGCUGGGGACUAUGUCAGUGACGAGGUCUGGUACCGCGUCAUCCAGAUCGUCAUCAACAGAGAUGAAGUACAAGGUUAUGCUGCCAAGACAGUGUUCGAGGCACUCCAGGCCCCAGCCUGCCAUGAGAACCUGGUGAAGGUCGGAGGGUACAUUCUAGGGGAGUUUGGGAACUUGAUAGCAGGAGAUUCAAGGUCAAGUCCACUCAUCCAGUUUGACCUGCUCCACUCCAAGUUUCACCUGUGCUCAGUGCCCACCCGGGCUUUGCUGCUCUCAGCCUACAUCAAGUUCAUCAACCUUUUUCCUGAGGCGAAGGGCACCAUCCAGGAGGUGUUGCGCUCAGACAGCCAGCUCCGCAAUGCAGACGUUGAGCUACAGCAGCGUGCUGUGGAGUACCUGCGCCUCAGCUGCAUUGCCAGCACUGACAUACUGGCCACAGUGUUGGAGGAGAUGCCUCCCUUCCCUGAGAGGGAGUCCUCUAUACUGGCCAAACUCAAGAGGAAGAAGGGACCAGGAAACCUGCAUCCCGAUUUGGAUGAGAACCGCAAAGAACGCAGUGUCAACGGGGGUACUGCAGACCAUAGCAGCACUACCUCAAAUGCCAAGGCCCCCAUGCCCCCCCAGGCCUCUGCUGUCCCCGUGCUGCGCUCUGCUGGGCCCCUCUUUCAGGUGUUCGCGUCCCCCACUACCUCCACAGACCUGCUUGGCCUGGGCAGCACCAUUGCCACUCAAAACUCUGCCUCCAAGGGGGCAAGCCUGCUGGUGGAUGUCUUCUCUGGAAACACAGCAGCCUUUCCUGUAGAGACACCAGUGGCAGUGGGGCCUGUUGCAGAUGAGAACUUCUCCAGUUUCCUGCCGAAUACUCCACAAGUAGCAUAUGCCAACGCCACUCUGCCCACUGCAGAGGAACCUGAAGACAAGUUUGUUUGCAAGAACAAUGGUGUCCUGUACGAGAACCAGCUCCUCCAGAUCGGCCUGAAGUCUGAAUUCCGACAGAAUCUGGGUCGGAUGUAUGUGUUCUUUGGUAACAAGACAUCAACCCAGUUCAUGAAUUUCGCUGCCUCUGUGGUCUGCCAAGAUGCUCUGCAGGCUCAACUGAAUGUCCAUGCCAAGCCUGCAGACCCCACUGUGGACGGGGGUGCACAACUCCAGCAAAUACUCAACAUUGAAUGUGUGUCUGACUUUGUGGAUGCACCAGUGCUCAACAUUCAGUUUAGGUACGGGGGAACUCUCCAGAACAUUGCUGUUAAACUGCCUAUUACUUUAAACAAGUUCUUCCAGCCUACAGAGAUGACAUCGCUGGACUUCUUUCAGCGCUGGAAACAACUUGGAGCCCCUCAGCAAGAGGUACAAAAUAUCUUCAAAGCAAGGCAUUCCAUGGACACAGAGGUUACCAAAGCCAAGAUAAUGGGGUUUGGUGCUGCUUUGCUGGAUGGGGUAGAUCCAAACCCCUUCAACUUUGUGGGAGCUGGUGUCAUCCAUACAAAGACCACCCAGGUUGGCUGCCUCUUGAGACUGGAGCCUAAUACUCAAGCACAGAUGUACCGCUUAACACUCAGGACAAGCAGAGAUACUGUGUCACAGCGCCUGUGUGAUCUGCUCUCAGAACAAUUCUGAACUGUUUCCAGAUCAGGUCUUCUUACUUGGCAUACCACAGAACUGUACAAGCUCCCCCUGCCACUUCUGAAGACACCACAUAGUUCAUAACAAACAGGUCACACUUAUCCUUCCUGUCUGUUUCAAUUAAAUUGGAAUUGAUAGUGUAAAUUCUUUUUUAUAUUUGACUUAUUAUAAAUGUACUGUAUCAUUUUUCACUCACUUUACUAAUAUUUCACUGCAUUAAAUCUGCCUUAUGUCCUUGUGCGCAAAGAAUAUUUACGUCUGUGCUUUUGUUGUGGAAAAGGCUUUGUCCUCUCCCUGUACUUUAAAGACAUAUUGACUGGAAGAAUUAGAGUUCAGGGGGACUGGCAAGAAAAUGCCUUAAUUGUCUAAUCCAACUGAGUAAUGAUAGUCCAUAGACGUGCCUAUUUUGUGUUAGUUACACAAGCAUACAUGAAAAGAUCUCAUCUUAUUUAGUUCUAAGGAUGGCAGCUGUCUUCUGCUCUUGUCUUACCUGGAAACAAGCCCUGUCCCUGAACACGUCAUGACCCUAUUGCAAACCCUAGCCAUUGUGAUUUUUGUUUGUUUGUACGGAGGGGAGAAUUUAAAUUGCAGUGGUCAUUAUGUAGAUAUUUCCGUCUGGUCUUAACAGUCAGGUAAAGGGACUGUUAUGAGAAAUCAUCUUCUUGUUAGUAGUGUGCGUGUGUGUGUGCGCGCUUAUGUUAAAAAACAAACCACUAAGGAAUAAAGUGCUGUCAUUAUAUUCAGAUAUUCAUAACUUUGGUUGGACACACAAUUGUAUCUGUCCCAAAUCAGGGGGCAUUUGGUAUCUGUCUCUAGAACAUGUUUUGUAUCCAAGGAACAUUUUUUUUUUUUUGUACAAAUGACACUGGCUGGAAUACGGUUUUAACCAAUCAGGAUGAGAACUACCUGUUGUGUAAUCUAUGAUUAUACAAGCAUACCGGUAUCUGUCACCACUACGGAUCCCUUCUAGAACAAAGGCUGAAAUUAUGUAUUUAUUUCAUUGGUUAAUAGGCUAUUUACACAGUUGGCUAAGGUUUUAUGUUGAUAGUGUACCUUCAGAACAUUCACCAGAUUAUUUUAUAUUUUUGCAAUUGAAAUGGUAGAGUGCAAUAUAUAAUACAUACAGCCAUUAGGUAUGCAUAACCCAGUUUCUUCUAUAUGCCAGAGAGGGCACUUUUAUGCUCAUAAUAUAGGUGGUCGGCGUGUUGAAGACAUUCAAUUACAAACUCUGGACAUGUUGAUGGUUUCAAUGAUUAUCAGAAUUAUGAAUGUAUUCUUGUUUUUGGUAAACUGGGUAUAGGACCCUAAACUUAUCCUUGAUGGUAAAACAAUCUUUCCUGCAGCACAUAGUGGUUUAUUAUCUCUUGGCCUCUAGCGAGUACUCUUCACACAGCAGUUGAAUGAUGUUUCAGGGUUAGUCCUAUGCUUGUACACUUGGAAUAUGUUGAAUGAAACUUGACUUAUAGUGGAAUAUGUGAUGACCACAAUUAGUUCUGUAAUGUGUAGGGAGGAGCCAGUUUUUUUUUAUUUUUUAAGCAUAGAUAUUUACCCUGAAUCAAUAAUAUAAUUCUGAUUAAAUUACGGCGUAACUGGGCAAAAUGUCUUUUGAGUAUAACUAUAAGAUGUUACCCUACUAUUACCAUGUUAUUAGCACUUAAUCCUGUGCUGGAAUGUAAAAUUGUAUUAUGUUUCACCAUUAUAUUUCAAAUGGGUUCUACAGUACGGGUAUUUGGUUAUAGAAAAUGCAAUGUAAUAUUGAAGGGGGAAAAAAUCAAUAUUAAGGAAUUCUCUAGGUUCACCAACACCGGAGAGGUAUGCUACAUAAGCAGGCUCAAUGAGUUGGCCAGCUAACUUUGAUAAAACAACUGAAAUGACUAUUGAAAGCUAAGCUUAAAUAUGUGUUUUUGAAUCAAUUAGACCAUGCCCAUGUCAAGCUUCUUUUCAAAAAAUAAGAAUGUAGUUCAGAAUAUUUAGGCAAGUUAGCUGGCUAACUCAUUAAUCCUGCUUUGUAGUAUACCCCUCAGGAUAACUUGUCAAGAUUCCGUUAAACCCCAGCCGGACCUAGGCUUUUAGCCACACCCAUCUGUGGGUGUGGUUCCUCCCUGGUCCCCAUUUACACUCUGGCACCACUCCUGUUUGUUAAAUAGUGCAUACCCAAUAGCACAAUGCUGUCCAACUUUUGCAUUGUGCUACCUCUGAUAGAUUAAUAAAGUUUGUCUUUUAUAUCGCAGCUGUAGAAUCAAAUAGGAGGGGAUGCCCACAUGAACAUGCACAAUGUCAGACGCAUUCACUACAUGUGUUUCUCAAUAGCACAAGAUACGAUCCCCAAGCACACGUGUGGAAAUGCAGUAUAGGCUUGCACAUAAUAUUUAAAUAAAAAUAUUUAAGAUAUCUUGUCUCUGGGAACAGGGAAAUCCCCUUAACCCAAACGCAAAAACAUUUACUACAAAAACAAAACCUAAUAAUUAUGAUAAUCCCCUCAAAUCAUUUGUUUUAAAUUUCCUUUAUGUUUCAUGGAACUCAUUCAGUCUUUCUCCAAAUUGUCACCCCAAAAUACUUUAUACCCUGCCAUUACACUCAAACAACUGUGAUAAACGUGCACUGUCCCUUUAAAAUAAAACACUACCAGCCAGCAA